AAGAAAUGGGCGUUUUGAAGAAACUGAACGUUUUGUAUUGCCACGGACUGGGUUCAUCAAUAAACUGUCGUCACGCAACUCAAUUGCAGACAUUUUUUGAAAAAUAUAAAGAUAUUUACUUUGAGAAAUUUUUGUACAAAAAUCCAGGAUCGUUGGAUUCUGUGUGGAGUGUGAAUGAUUGGAGAAAGGACGUGGAAAACCGAAUUGAUUCAAACAAUGAUCGAUGGAUUCUGAUGGCAACAAGUGGUGCUUGUCAUGCAGCAAUGAAUGUUGCAAAGAAUCGAAAAGAAAAGAUUGCGGGACUGUUUCUAAUGUGUCCAGGAUCUGGUCUGGAUAUGAAUUUCGUGAAUACAAUUCAACCUGGAGCUCUACAAUAUCUUAUGAAGAAAGGAUCCAUUAACUAUCCGGCUUCAAAAAAUGGUUAUCCAGCAUUACUCACUGUGGAAUGUCUCGAAGAAUUUUUAAAUACAGAUAUCUCCAAAACUUCACCAAAAGUAAUCGAUAUACAAUGCCCAGUUCUCACGGUUCAUGGAAUUGAAGACAAUAUUGUUCCUGUCGAGAAUUCAAAGAAACUGAUGCAACGAAUGGCAUCGACGUACAAAGAUUUCCAUCGAAUUCCUGGUGUUGAUCAUAAUUUCGACUUGGACGAAGAGGUUUUGAAGCGACUCGGACAAUUGAUGGAUGUAAUUCGAGAAAAUGAAUCAAAGAAGUUAAAAGCAAAGAUUUAAAUUAUUUAUUAAUACAUGUAUUGCUGAAAAAUAAACAUAAAUGAACAACU